UUUUAAUUUCUCUGUGAACGAACGAGAAUUUGUUUUUAUUUUGUGAAUUUUAUUUUGUUUCUUAAACAAACAAUAACUUCGUGUUUAUCAUCAAUAGUUAGUUUAUACUCAGUAAACUAUUGGUAACGUAUAGGUAACAAUAAGGCUGUCUGUGUGGGUUUGUUUCAACGGAAGUUUUAGCGACAUUUUCCUUUUCCAAAAGCCCUUUUGAUUUCGCUCUCCUUAUCAGUCAUGAAUGACAGCGAUUGGUUCACAUGUCCCUACAACUCCGCGCACCGCGUGCCCAAGUUGCGCUUUCAGCGACACCUCGUGAAGUGUGAGAAGCAGUACCCACCGCUGGCUAUAUGCCCCUACGACGCGCGCCACCGCAUGCCCAACGACCAGCUAUUGGUGCAUGUAGAGGACUGCCCCACGCGCUUGGCGCUGACUUUACCAUAUGGUGGGCAGAAGGAAUUUAGUUCGUGGGCCAAAAGACAGCUGACAGCUGAUACCACAAACAUACCGAGCAAGCUUACCCAGCGACCGUGCGACCGAAGUGAGCAACCGUGCUUCGACGAGGAUGAAUGGGACUAGACUAUACUAAAGCCAAACCUGAUGUGGACACACAAAUUUAAAAUGUAGGUAUAAAUCGCUACUUAUUUUACACUGAAUAAUAAUUAAUUUAAUACUGAAUAAAUAAAUUAACUUAUUCCUAAAUUAAUGACAGUUUUGAUAAAUAAGAAUAUAUAGUACUUACUUGAGAUAAGGGUCCAAAAUAUACAAAUUUUAUUAAAAAAAUAGCACAAGAAUUCUUUACAUACUUAAGUUAAUAAUUGCGUAAUUUUAUCUAUUUUCCAAACGCCAAAAAUAAUCAGCCAUUUUGUGUCUUCAUAGACUCAUAGUCCUAGUAAACAAUAUACAGUCUGGAAAUACAUAAAGUAAAUUUUUAUUAUUUAAUUGUUUUCUGUUAUAAGAAAACCAUAAAACUUGAAACAAAUAAUAUUAGCUAGAAAACACGGUGUUUUUGUGUUAAAGUAUAAAAUCUAGUACUAUGUUAUGGUAAUAAUCAUGUUAGAAAAUAUAAAUAGAAUAAAUAGAAGGGUGAAAGUUUACUUUGACUUUUACUAGUUAAAAAUAAAUUAGGUAUGAAAUUAAAUGCAUUUUCUAUCUUCAUUUUAAAAUUUGUUGAUAAAUACUCUACCUCCAGCUUGGCUAGUACCUUACUAAUUAUUAUAUAUUAAAGUGGUUAUAGUAAUUACAAGUAGGUACCUAUUGAUUGUUAAUAUAGCAUUAAAAAGAGAGUGUGUGAUAGCAACACUCAUUAUAAAGUAGCGAAAGUUUAUCAGCUUCUACCAUAGGCAAAUAUAGCAUCUGUACUGUAUGUAUGAUAUUCGACUUGAGGGUAUGUGCAAAAUCUUUUAGUGUUUUUUUUUUAUUUUAUUAACAAGGUACGCGAACAUCGCUUCGCGUUGAAUCUAGUAGUAAGUUUUUUUUUAUUUGAAGACAACCCUAGUCCCUAACGUUGUUUGAGUAGAUGUAAUAAAGAUAAGAGCUGUAGGUAAAUAAAACGGCUCGAUAAUAAUUUUGUUUUGAACUGAAUUGCGCCGUAUUGUGUCGUAACGAGAGUCGCUAUUUAUUUUAAUGACGUUGCGGAGUGAAUCUUCUGUACUUGUACAAAUGUUGUCUGUGGUAUGGCCUUAGUAGUACUUAUGUUAUUUACUUCAUUUUUCUUAUCAAGGCAAGUUAAGGUAUUUUUCUGGUCAUGUUGUAAAUGAUGGUGAUUAAUCAAAAUUAAACACUACUAAAGACUGGCGGCUUAUUGCGUUUCUGAGUUUCUGACACCUGUCAAUGAGAGAGAUAAAUACCUUUUACCAUUAACGAGUAUUAACAUUAAAAUUUAAAUAAUUUUGACAACGUACAAUCAACGUUUUCGUUUUGGGCUAAAGUUAUGAACAAUAAGAUAUAGAAAAUUUACAAUGACAGGUGUCAGAAACACGAUUUCUGAGCGGCUGGACUUUACUUACAUAAAUUAUUUAAUAAUACAUUGUGUUAUAGUAAGUGGACAAUUACCUUGGAAAUAUACACAAUUGAAUUAAUGGCUCAGAUCAACAUUACUUCAAUGUUAUAUUUUAAGCUCAUUACUAAGUAGACAGUGUCUAUUAAAUGUUACCAAAUAAAUGAUUUUAAUAUGAA